AUUCACUUACACGCACAUUUGUACACCUUCCAUUUUCACACACUAAAAAAAAAAUGUCAAAACUCUCACCAUUACCACCCCCUCCAGCACACCAAAAUCCUCUCAAAAACCCCUUAAUUAGACUGUUUUGUAUCUUGAUCAUAUGUACAUCUUUUUAUAUUCUUGGAUCAUACAAAUCUACCAUUAAACCCACACCAAAAUUCCAAGAAAACUGCUUAAAUCACACCAAGUUCACAACUUUAACACACCAAAACACUCGCCACUCACUAGACUUUCAAACCCAUCACACAAUCCCUCUGCCACCACUAAAUUCAGUACUAAAAUUCAAGAUUUGCCCACAAAAUUACACCCAUUACUGUCCUUGUCAAGACCCGCAAAGGGAAAGAUUGUUCAAUGUUGAAAAAAUGUUGCAUAGGGAGCGGCAUUGUCCGGUCAGCACCGCAGAGAUUCUGCGGUGUUUGGUCCCUGCACCGGUUGGGUACAAGAAGCCAUUUCCAUGGCCUAAAAGCAGAUCCCAAGCUUGGUUUAGUAAUGUGCCAUUUAAGACACUGACAGAGUCAAAGAAACAGCAGAAUUGGGUCAAACUGGUGGGCGAUCGGCUAAUUUUUCCGGGAGGUGGGACUUCUUUUAAGCAAGGGGUUAAGGGUUAUAUUGAGAUAUUGAAAAAGAUGGUGCCACUAGAAUCUGGUGUUAUCAGGACAGCUCUUGAUACAGGGUGUGGGGUUGCAAGCUUUGGAGACUCCCUAUUGGAUUACAACAUCAUAACUAUGUCUAUAGCUCCAAGGGACAUACAUGAAGCUCAGGUGCAAUUUGCUCUAGAAAGAGGCCUCCCUGCUAUGCUUGGUGUUCUUGGAACCUACAGGCUACCCUACCCAUCAAGAUCAUUUGACUUGGCUCAUUGCUCGCGUUGCCUCGUCCCAUGGACCGAUCACGACGGGUUGUAUCUAAUUGAAAUUGACCGAAUUUUGCGGCCUGGUGGUUAUUGGGUGUUGUCGGGGCCGCCUAUCAAUUGGAGAAAUAAAUACACGGCCUCAGAUGGAACCACCAAGGAUCCUAAGAAAGAACUAAGCCGUUUAGAGGAUCUUGCUAGGCGAUUGUGUUGGAGAAAGAUCAAGGGGAAAGGGCCAAUUGUUGUGUGGCAGAAACCUAUCAAUCACAUUGAAUGCAUCAAAAUGGAGAGAGAUUCGGGAUUUCCCAAAUUUUGUGGUGAGAAUGACGAUCCCGAUAAUGGUUGGUACAGAGAGAUGGAUGCAUGCAUCACUCCUCUACCACAAGUAGAACAUAUGCAGGAUGUCUCUGGGGGUGUCCUUCAAAAAUGGCCUAAAAGGUUGAAUACUGUUCCACCUAGGAUUGGGUUCCUUCAUAAUCUGAAUACAAAAGAUAUCCUUGAUGAUAAUCUGAUAUGGAAACAGAGAGUUUCUGCAUAUGCUAGCGUGCUUAAGUCAAUGUUGACUGGUGGGUAUAGAAAUAUCAUUGACAUGAAUGCUGGGUUAGGUGGGUUUGCAGCUUCCCUUUCUGAGUAUCCAGUUUGGGUUAUGAAUAUAGUUCCUCACGAUGCAGAGAAUAAAACCCUAGGCAUCAUUUAUGAACGCGGCCUAGUAGGAACUUACAUGAAUUGGUGUGAACCUUUUUCAACCUAUCCUAGAUCAUAUGACUUGAUACAUGCUGACAAUGUGUUUAGCUUGUACAUGAAUAAGUGUGACAUAGUCGACAUAUUCAUUGAGAUGUUCAGGAUCAUUAGACCUAAAGGGACAAUCAUAGUAGCAGAUCAUGUAGACAUUGUUGUAAAGAUGAAGGGCCAUGCAGAUCAAAUGGGGUGGCACACUAGACUAUCGGAUACUGAAGCUGGCCCUUUUGGCCCUAGAAAGUUGCUUUUUAUUGAAAUCUAAGUGCAAGAGAUCUACUUAACCACAGAUCAUGUACAUAACACAUGGAUUUAGAGACUCAAAAAAAUGACUGGUGAUUAACAUUCAUAUUAGGCAACAUAUUUAUUACUUGAAAUUUAUGAGAAGUACUAUGUGCAAGGUUUUUUUAGAAAUAAAUAUAUAACAGAGGUGUUUUUGUAA